AUGCCUCGAAUGAAGGCUGCCACUGUUUCGGACCAGAGAGUAAGGAAGGGGAAACGGAAAAACUGCGAGGAUGACGAGGCUACAGCCACGACUACGACGAGCGUUCCUACGAAGACACACGACGGAGGGAAGAAACCGCGGCGAGCACCAAAGAAAGCUGGUGCUGGUAAACCGCCUCUCGUGCGCCAUGGAUCUUCCACGCUUGUCGAAACCUCGAUACCGUGGCCAGAGCACUUCACAAAGCUUGCUCAGGUGCAUCGCGCGGUAAACCUAGUGUAUACUUUUCUAUGCACGCGCAAACAUCUAGCGACGACACUGGAUAAUCUCAAGAGCACAGUCGAGGGUAACAUACAACGCGAGCUGUUGAUUGAGGAUGUGGCUCAAAUCACGGCAUUGAUCCCAAGGGCGAUCAACUUUGCGUACGUGGACGAGGCAAUGCUGCAGAUCAAUCUAAUGGGCUCGGAAGAUAACAUGCACGGGAGGCGUACAACCGACUUUGCCAUACUUGGACCUGAGCCAGAAAAAGGCGAGCACAAGGAGGUACUGCUCUUUGAGUUCAUUGAUGGCGAUCUGAGGCGCCAGGUCCAGCAUAAGAAAACUGGGGAGCCGACCAACGCUACGACGAAGCUGCGCAAUGAAGAACUCAAGAUGCCGGUGUUUAGCCAGAAGCAGAUGAUGAAUUUGAUUGAGAAGAGGAACGCCAAGUUUACUUCGGCAAUCAAUGCCUUCCUGAACCAAUGCGCUGAAGAUGGCGUCGAUGCUGUAGAAAAGAUCAAGGAGGUUUCUCAGGCCUUCAUUCCGAUGCCGUCUGAAAGUAGGGCGUCGACUCCUGGUCCAGAGAGGUCAUUAUUACCGUCUUCGAUACCUGCAGAACGCAAGUCCAUUCCGGAUAUCCUCAACGAGAUUAAGACGCUUGAAUGGUACACUGGCCAAAUUGUACCAGACGGUCAUCGAGUUUUCGAUCCUCAGGAACCUGUGUAUGGCGACCUCAAUUUUGCCAUGUCACAAAGCCUUGUCAAUGCCCUCUACAAUACGAAAAACAUCACUCAGUUGUACGCACACCAGGCCGAGGCUAUCAACAAUCUCUAUGAUGGGCACAAUGUGAUUGUGUCUACCUCGACAAGCUCUGGGAAAUCGCUCAUCUACCAGAUACCCGUUCUGCAUCAGCUGGAGCAGGAGCCGGAUACCAGGGCCAUGUACAUUUUCCCUACCAAGGCACUGGCUCAGGAUCAGAGGAAGAGUAUGAAGGAGCUUCUGCGGUUCAUGCCUGGGUUUGAAGACGUUCUGGUUGAGACAUUUGAUGGCGACACGCCAAUGGGUGAUCGAAAUUACAUCCGCGAUGAAGCACGCAUCAUCUUCACCAAUCCUGACAUGCUGCACAUUACUAUUCUACCGCAAGAGGAUUCCUGGCGCACUUUUUUGCAGAACCUGCGAUUUGUGGUGGUUGACGAAUUGCAUGUGUACAACGGACUAUUCGGCGCACACAUGGCUUUCAUCAUGCGGCGCCUACGAAGAGUAUGUGCAGCAGUGGGAAAUCGUCAUGUCAAGUUCAUUUCCUGCUCGGCUACCGUUGCAAAUCCAGAGGAACACAUGAAGACUAUCUUCGGAGUUGAGCAAGUCAGGCUAACAGACUUUGAUGGAUCGCCGUCUGGUCGCAAGGAGUUUCUUUGCUGGAACACGCCUUUCAAGGAUCCCGGCGAUCCUACUUCGGGACGUGGUGAUUGUAUGGCUGAGACUGCAAAGCUGUUUUGUCAACUUAUGCUCAGAGGUGUACGGACUAUUGCGUUUUGUCGCAUACGAAAACAAUGUGAGGCGUUGAUGGUGGCUGUCAAGGCGGAGUUGACAAACUUGGAACGGCCAGAAGUCAUUCCUCGCGUCAUGUCGUAUCGAGGUGGAUACAAACCGCAAGAUAGGCGGGAGAUUGAGCGAGAAAUGUUUGAUGGCAAACUGUGUGGUGUUGUAGCUACCAGUGCGCUCGAGCUUGGUGUGGAUAUCGGAUCUUUGGACGCUGUCAUCACAGUUGGCUUUCCCUACACCAUUGCCAAUCUCCGACAACAGAGUGGACGUGCUGGCCGAAGAAACAAGGAUUCUUUGUCUGUUCUGGUCGGCGACUCCUUUCCUACGGACCAGUACUACAUGUCGAACCCAGACGAGAUCUUCACAAAGCCAAAUUGCGCGCUCCAGGUGGAUCUGGAGAACAUGCUUGUGGUUGAGGGCCACAUCCAAUGUGCUGCUUACGAGAUGCCGAUCAAUGUGGAGACCGAUGUGGAAUAUUUCGGCACUCUGCUUCCCAAGAUUGCUCGCGAGCGUAUGCGUCGUGACAAGGAGGGCUUUUACCACGUCAAUGAGCGGUUCCUCCCACAGCCGUCUCGCACGGUGGCUAUCCGAGAUACAGAAGAAGAUCAUUUUGCUAUUAUCGACACUACAAAUGGCAAGAACACUGUUCUUGAAGAGCUAGAAGCCAGUCGUGCCUUUUUUACUCUCUACGACGGCGGCAUAUUCUUGCACCAGGGCAACACGUAUCUGGUAAAGGAGUUCUCACAGGAGCGGAUGCUGGCAAAGGUCGAGUACGUCAAGGUAGACUGGACGACUCAGCAGCGUGAUUACACAGACAUUGAUCCCGUCGAGACAGAAGCCAUCCACCGCAUCCCAGGCUCACGGUCAAAAGCCUUUUACGGCCCGAUCAAGAUCAAGCAGGUUGUGUACGGCUUCUUCAAGAUCGACAAGCGCCGGCGGAUAUUAGACGCGGUGCAAGUCGACAACCCGCCCAUUAUUCUCUUCAGCAAGGGCAUGUGGCUCGACGUGCCGAAGUCCGCCAUGGAUAUUCUAAAGUCCCGGCGGCUCAACAUUGCAGCCGGCAUCCAUGCUGCUGAGCACGCGGUCCUAUGUCUGAUGCCGAACUUUGUCAUUUCAAUGCCGGGCGACGUCCGGACGGAAUGCAAAGUGCCCGAGAAGGAGUUUCUGCAAAAGGAAUCGACGAGGAAGCGGCCGGCUCGGCUAACUUUUUACGACGCAAAGGGGGGUGCGAGUGGCUCUGGGAUUAGCACAAAGGCUUUUGAGUUUAUCGAUACGUUGCUGCAGCAGGCGUGUCAGAGGCUGACGAGCUGUCACUGUUUGCAAGGAUGCAACGAGUGCUGUAAUGACGAUGCGUGCAAGCAGGCGAAUCAGGUCAUGUCAAAGGCUGGGGCUAUGGUCAUCAUCAUGUGUCUGCUGGGCAAGGAAAAACAAAUUGAUAUUGACAGCCUGCCAUGGGGUGAAGAAGACGUUGAGCAGGGUUUUGAUACGGUGGUUGAGGCUGUGGGGGUGAGGAUGGCUGAAGGCAAGGUUAGGGAUGGUGGGACGCUGCCUGGAGAGGGAAAUGACGAGAAGAUGGUGAGAGCAAAACUGGUGGAUGGAGUGUGGAUCAAGGAGGAGGAAGAGGAAGAGGAUCAUUUCAGUAGGAGUAUACACAUGUAUCGGGGUGAGAGGACGUUUAUUGGAGUGCAUAGAUAG